AUGGCGAUCACUGAAGUAAUCGCGAGCCAUGAGGAGAAGCGUCUCCGUGAAUUCUAUCAGAUAGUUUUUUUAUUAAGUUCCCUAGAGCCCAGGAGAGGAGAUCGCAUCAAGAGAGUAACUUCAGCUGAACAGGAAAGGAUCACUGUUGCGGAGCAUAGGCGGAAUGUGGCCGACGCGUUGGCAUACAUAUCGGCGUAUGACAAAAAACCGGACCGUGUGACUGCUGUUGCGCUUGGAAUGGAAAAAGGUGGAUUGGUUGUGUGGAUAGCAGCUAAUCAGGAGGUGGACCCGAAAGUCAAGAAUUUCCUAACCAUCGUGCUCCGUUGGCUUGAUAAAAUCGCCCAUGGUCACGAGUCGGAGUGUGAUCCUUUUGUUGAUUACGUCCUUGAGUUCAACUGGAAGAAAGUUCAGAUAUAUCACAGUAAAUUCCGUGGUUCAUGGGCUAGAUACUGCGAAUCUCAUCCGCCCACAGGCCACAACAUUCUCCGAGAGUUGGAAAUCUGGGUUCAAGGGAUAUUCCCCAAGGACGGUGAGAAGGUGCAGCAGGAGAAUAUGGUGAACCUAGCGAGGAAAUGCUACGAGGAACGCAAACGAGUCGGUGGAGUGUUUGAUAUGCUGAAGGACGCUUCAACGCAGGGUAUUAUGUCUCCAGAGAUGUAUGAUCAGUUACGCAACCUGCUUCACAAGGUUGGGAAACAUAUCACUUUGUGCCGAAAAUUGAUUGACGCUAGAAAGUCGCUGUCCGAGGACUUCAAGUAUGGUGCUGUGGUGAAACCAAUUAAAGUCUCUAAGCGGCGACCUGAUACAGCUGAAUGGGACUAUUCCUUUGAUAGCAUCACAAAUCGGAUAUUCCGAACUGAAAUAAGCCUGCUUGUUACCUAUGUUACAAGUAUAUUACCGAUCAUCCCCGACAGUGGUUUCGGCCACCUUCCCAUAAAAAGCUUUAUUACUCUUGGAGUCUUCCAAAACCGCAUGGGAAGGAGAAUCGUGAAGAAUUCUUGGCUACUACAACAGAAGUCCUUCAACGUCAACUACGAGAAGAUAUUGCGAAGAAGCGGGGGCAGAGAUCGGUAUGUGACGAUUCGACGGCAGGGGUCACCUCGGUUCUUCGUACUGGUGGAAUGA